AUGGUAGGUUUCAAUCAGACCUCAUCUAUGAUAGGUUUCAUUCUCCAGGGACUCUCUGCCCAUCCAAAACUAGAGAAAUCCUUCUUUGUGCUCAUCCUGCUAAUGUACCUGGUCAUCCUACUGGGAAAUGGAGUUCUCAUCUUGGUGACCAUUUUUGACUCUCGUCUGCACACGCCCAUGUACUUCUUCCUGGGGAACCUAUCCUUCCUGGACAUCUGCUACACGACUUCUUCAGUCCCCCUCAUUCUUGACAGCUUCCUCACACCCAGAAAAACCAUCUCCUUUUCAGCCUGCUUUGGGCAAAUGUUUCUCUCCUUUGCUAUGGGAGCCACAGAAUGUGUGCUCCUGAGCAUGAUGGCAUUUGAUCGCUAUGUGGCCAUUUGCAAUCCCCUUAGAUACCCUGUGGUCAUGAGCAAGGCUACCUAUGUGCCCAUGGCUGCCAGUUCAUGGGCAGCUGGUAUCUUAAACUCUAUAGUACAGACAUCUCAGGCAAUGCGACUGCCUUUCUGUGGGGACAAUGUCAUCAACCAUUUCACCUGUGAGAUUCUGGCUGUCCUGAAGUUGGCCUGUGCUGACAUCACCAUCAAUGUGAUCAGCAUGGUUGUGGCCAACAUGAUCUUCCUUGCAAUCCCAGUCCUGUUCAUUUUUGUAUCCUAUGUCUUUAUCCUUGCCGCCAUCCUGAGGAUCCCCUCCGCAGAAGGGAGGAAAAAGGCCUUCUCCACCUGUUCUGCCCACCUCACAGUCGUGGUUGUCUUCUAUGGGACCAUUCUCUUCAUGUACGGGAAGCCCAAGUCUAAGGACCCACUGGGGGCAGACAAACAGGACCUUUCAGACAAGCUCAUCUCCCUCUUCUAUGGGGUGGUGACCCCCAUGCUCAACCCCAUCAUCUACAGCUUGAGGAAUAAAGAUGUGAAGGCUGCUGUAAGGACCCUGGUGGCUCAGAAACACUUGGACUGA